CACAACACAGGUGCUGCUCAACUUUCAUGUCAUAUUUCAAACUUUCAACACCCCUACUUGUGUUUAUUACACCGACAUACCAAGAAAAAGAAAACAAAAAAGACACCUCUUUGCUCUUCAAAUCCCAAGGCAUUCUCACAAAUCACUCUACAUAGGAGUACCACCAUGAUGAUGAAUGUUGUUCAUAUUGUGAUUCUGGUACUACCCAUGUUGAUGUUUUGUCCAGAAUUGUUGGUUUCUGCUCCAAUUGAUCCAGCAACUUUGGCUCCUCCUCUGUCUUCUGACCCUGUUCUUCCCACUCAGACACAACCUGUUUUUCAGGACACAAGAGCUAAUUCUUCAGGGGUGACAGAGGCAAGCCCAGAGCAUCAUAAAGAUGUGAAUAAGAAAAUACUUAUAGCUGUCAUUGUAUCCUCAACUGUGCUUGGGGGAAUUUUACUGUCACUCUCUUGUUACUGGAUCUGUAGGCGCGAAACCUUGAAGAACUCGGAUACUAAAACUGAACGGAGCUUAGAAUCUUCGAAAGGGUCAUCGUUCAAUGCUUUGAGAAAACCAUCAAAGAAGGGGAAUGGCUCGGUGACUGUAUUUGAAUAUGAAUUGUUAGUGGCCGCCACAAAUAAUUUUAAGGAAGAGAAUAUAUUGGGGGAGGGUGGAAGUGGAACAGUGUACAAAGCUCUAUUUAGCGGUCAGCUUGCUGCAGCUGUAAAAAGACUCAAGGGGGGAAAGUUAGAUGCUGAAAAAGAGUUUGAGAAUGAAAUAUCCUGGUUGAGUGUAAUAAAGCAUCAGAAAGUCAUUUCCCUUCUAGGUUUCUGUAUUCAUAAUGAGACGAGGUUUCUGGUUUAUGAGAUGAUGCAUAAUGGAUCUUUGGAGUCUCAGUUGCAUGGACCGUCUCAAGGCUCAGCUCUAACUUGGAAUAUUCGAAUGAAGAUUGCUUUGGAUAUUGCACGAGGAUUAGAAUAUCUCCACGAACGAUGCAAUCCUUCUGUAAUCCAUAGAGAUCUUAAGUCAUCCAACAUUCUUCUGGAUUCCAACUUCAAUGCCAAGCUCUCUAAUUUUGGUCUCGCCGUUGCUGACGGGCUUCAAAGCAAGAACAAAACAAAUAUUUCUGGAACUUUAGUUUAUGUGGCUCCGGAGUACCUUAUUGAUGGUAAGCUUACGGAUAAAAGUGAUGUCUAUGCUUUCGGAAUUGUUCUUUUGGAACUUUUGUUGGGAAGGAAGGCCGUGGAUAAAACGAUAUCAUCUGAAUGCGAAUCUAUUGUCACAUGGGCUAUGCCACAACUAACUGACAGGUCAAAACUUCCAAACAUGGUGGAUCCUGUGAUCAAAAAUACAAUGGAUCUAAAACAUCUAUAUCAAGUGGCCGCUGUAGCUGUGCUAUGUAUACAACCUGAACCAAGUUAUAGACCACUAAUUACAGACGUCCUACAUUCCUUUAUUCCACUUGUUCCUGUCGAGCUUGGAGGUUCAUUAAGACUUAUGAACCAAGUGCCUCCCGUGGACACGUAGCUAUAAUAUUUAUGACAAUGUCAAUAGUUUGUUACCACUUACCAGUAUCCUGAAGCUGCAUCUUGACAAUUAUAUGCCCUUUUCCUUAGAGAAAGAAGAAAAUUUGUGCCUUUACGAUGGUCAGGUUAGAAUGGAAGUCAUCAUUUUCAUAUAUUAUUAUGUACAGUUGAGGUUGAAUAGACUCUGUAUGCAUCAACUUGUGGUCUGUCAAAUUCUUUCGCAAUGAAUGUGGAUUUUGAUGUACUCCUUUCGGGUAUCAGAGGAUCCUUGUAUAUACAAUUAAUCAUUCAGUAUAUACUACAAAGGACUAAAGGAGGUGUAUUCAAUGUGA